CUUCAGAAUUGUUUGAUAAUGCAGAAUUAAGAUCAGGAUCUUUACCUCAUGAAAAUGUCUGUACCGAAAAUUUGACUCCUUGGAUUAAACUUUUACCUUGUAAAUCUAGGUCUGGUAUUGCAUCACUUUUGAAUGGACAUAAAUUAUAUGAUUCUAAUUUUCAUUCAAUGUCAAUUCAUGUUCGACCAUUGUGUGAGGAUCCAGAAUGUUUAAGUCAACAAUUAGAAAUAUUACAAACAGUUUCUACAGUUGUUGAUCCUGUUAGGGUUUCAGGCAAAAGAGAUUCAAAUUAUUGGUGUAAUAUCAGUAGAUUUUUGAAUCAUUCAUGUGAUGCGAAUUUAGUCACUAUUCCAUUUUUCGUAGAACAUAAAGAUAUCCGUUUUCAAAGAAUUGCAUUUUUCGCUCAACGUGAUAUACCGAAAAAUUCAGAAAUUACUGUUGAUUAUAAAAUUCACGAUGAUGAUUUU